ACGAUCAGGAGUUUUCCCUCUUCUCAUCUUCCACUUAAUAAACAAAAAGGAGGCAAUCAAGGCGCAAGAAGAUCGAUCGAGUUGGGCAAGCACAAAGGAACAAAUAGAGCGAGAGAGAGAGAGAGAGAGAGAGAGAGAGAGAGAGAGAGGGGACACAUCACAUUGGCAUUCCUCGGUUUAAGUUCUCCACCCGCCAAAUUCCGCGCCUUCAAAAUUGGCUUUACAUGGUGCGGAAGAAGGACAAAUGUAUGAGAACAACAACAAGUGCAGGACGUCAGUUGGUUGAGCAAGCUCUACCCUUUUCUAGGCCCUCCUUAAUAGUUUUGAUAGUUUCGAUCGCAUUGCUGUGAUUCGAGGUGCACAGUUGAUAUCAAUUGCUAUAUAAUUAAGGUACUCUGAAAUAUAUCCAGAGACGGACCGCCGCAAGAAAUUAUUGAACAGCUCUUUCAAUUAAGAGCCAAAAGAUACAGAAAGAAAUCCCUACCUACCUGCAUUGACAGUAUAUUGCUGUUGCUCUGCUCGGCAUUCUCGCGAGUGCUCUUUUGAUUUUGACUUGUUAAGAUAUACUUUUGAAUCUGAGUUUACAUGAUGAGCGUAGUUCGGGGUCCAAGCAUCAGAAGUGGAGAGUUGUUGGAAGGAAUGAUCAGCGACUACGUUGCUAAUAAAGCAAACAAGAUGAGAGUUCCAAAGAGUAGUGCCUCUUCCCGCCUCGUAACCGCCCUCACCUGUCUUCAGCUUGCAUUUGCAAUAUAUGCCACAUGUCUUCUCUACUACAUGAGCCCGUCCAUCGACCUUCGAACCAAACCAGACUUCUCGUGGGCCAGUCGAAUCGCGCAACACUGGAAGCAAUUCAUCAUACAACCCCGCAUGCUGUCGAGUAUUGAAGAAAGCCCUGCUGCGCUCUCGCCCUUGGAAGUCUGCGAGCACGAGAAGAUUGAUUUCUCGCAAAAGAAAUCGAAUGACGUGCAAAUGAUCAGGCUUAAAAGGGAGCUUUACGAUGAGAUAUUGGCUUUUCAAAAGAAAAGUUCUGGGACAGAGACACUAGGUGAGUUGAUGAGAAUGAAGUCUAAAUGGAGCGCACAUGGUCCUAGCAUCCCGAAGAUCACUGUCAUCUUAAACCAUUACAAGAGGAAAACACUUUGCGCUCAACUCGAUUCGCUACUUCAUCAGACACUGCCAUUCCACCAUGUUUGGGUGCUUUCUUUCGGAAGCCCCAAUGAACUAUCUCUGAGAAGAAUUGUUGAGAGCUACAACAACUCGAGGAUUAGCUUCGUUAGUUCCACCUACGAUUUCAAGUACUAUGGGAGGUUUCAGAUGGCCCUACAGACAGAGAGCGACUUUGUUUACAUUCUCGAUGACGAUAUGAUUCCGGGCAAGAGAAUGCUCGAGAUAUUGGCUCAUGUUGGAGGAACAGAGAAGUACAAGAAUUCCGUUUUGGGCAGUAUUGGGAGAAUUUUGCCUUUCAGGCAGAAGGACUUCAUGUUCCCAAGUUACAGAAAGUUCAAAUCGAAGGAGGCGGGGCUUUAUUUGCCUGAUCCUGCCUAUGAUAUCACCGUCGAAAGGAUUGUGCAGGUGGAUUUCUUGUCAAGCUCGUGGUUUCUACCGACAGACCUCGUCAAGACAUUGUUCAUAGAGAAGCCCUUUACUUUUGCGACCGGCGAAGAUCUUCAUCUCAGUUACCAGCUUCAGAAGUACAGAAAUGCGGGGUCGUACGUGCUACCUGUCGAUCCCAACGACAGGGAAACAUGGGGAGACAGCGAGCAUCGGCUUGCGUACGUCUCCGAGACGACGGUCAUUUUCAAGGAUGUAGUCCAAGUGCGAGACGACCAAUGGUGGAAGGCCCUUUCCUCCGGCUAUAUUACUCAGUGGGCUGCAAUGCACCCUCAGAAGAUCGAAGCCCUCUUCUACGCCCACUCUCCGGACGAAGUAAAAGCACUCACACCUCUCAUCGAGAAAUUCCGAACUAGCCCGGCCAGGAAGGCGUACGUAGUCGUCUCAGGCGGCGGCUUCUGCCCCUGCGAAGAGGCUGCUGCCGUGCUCAAGUGGCCGAAGGCUGCUUGCAAGGAGAGGCGGUUCAAGAUAUUCGAUUUGGACAUCGGAGCGAUCUCGGCGGGAACAGGAUCGGAGGUUUCGGCGGUACAAGCCGUGUACUCGAGCAUGAGAGGGCUCGUCAAGAUUCACAAUCCGAGUUUGCUGAUUACGGUCGCGGAUAUAGACGCGAAUGUGAAGAAUGCGCUGAAGAUGGCCGCAGAGAGCGCCGCAAGCCCCUCCGCGUUGGUACUUCUGCCGAGGCCCAGCGUCUCGAAGGUUCUCUGGAUGGCUGAUCUCCGGCCGUCGGCAUUACCGAAUUGGAAUAAGAUGCGGAUCUCGGUGAACGUGAUCACCCAGAACCGCGCGGCGUCUCUCGGGCGGCUGCUGCGAUCGCUGCAGAACGCCUACUACCUGGGGGACGAGGUCCCCCUGAGCUUCAACAUGGACAGCGGAGUGGACGAGGCGACGCUGAAGGCGGUGGGGUCGCUCCGGUGGGCCCACGGGCCGAAGGUGGUGCGGCGGCGCAUCAUCCAGGGCGGGCUCAUCCGGGCGGUGAGCGAGAGCUGGUACCCGGCCGACGACGACGACUUCGGGCUGCUCCUGGAGGACGACAUCGAGGUGUCGCCCUACUACUACCUGUGGAUCAAGUACGCGCUGCUCAGCUACCGCUACGACCCGGCCGCGUCGCUGCCGGAGCUGUCGUCCGUGUCGCUGUACACGCCGCGGCUGGUGGAGGUGGUGAAGGAGAGGCCCCGCUGGAACGCCACGGACUUCUUCCGGAAGAUCCACCCCAACACCCCCUACCUGCACCAGCUCCCCUGCAGCUGGGGCGCCGUCUUCUUCCCGGAGCACUGGAGGGAGUUCUACGCCUACAUGAGCGCCCGCUUCACCGAGGACGCCAAGCAGAACCCCGUCCAGAUCCCCAAGUCGCGCACCAACGGCUGGCAGGCCUCCUGGAAGAAGUUCCUCAUCGACAUGAUGUACCUGCGCGGCUACGUCGCCCUCUACCCCAACUUCCCCGACCAGGCCAGCUUCUCCACCAACCACAUGGAGCCCGGCGCCCACAUCAGCGCCAAGGACAACGCCCUCAGCCACAGGAGGGAGGACUUCGAGGUCCCGCUCGUCCGCCACGACUUCGCCCGCCUCCUGCCGGCGGGCAAGAUGCCGCCCGCCUCCAAGCUGCCCGUGCUCAACCUCUUCAACCAGCCCGUCUCUCUGCGGGCGCUCAAGGCCGCGGGGGCCAAGCUCCGCAGCGACGUCAUCGCCUGCAACGCCACCGACCUCCUCGUCGUCGUCGACCGCCGCACCGGAUUGCCCACCGCCUGCUCCAAGUUCUGAUUCUCAUUCUGAAUCACCCCUCCUCUACUCCUCACCAAUCAUCAUCUCAUUAUCCCAUUCCUUCUUUCUUUCUUUCUUUCUUUCUCUCUCUCUUUAUUAAUGGAAAUGUACUUGUAAUCAGUACUGAUUUUUUUUUCUUUUUUAUUUGGGUCGCCUUCCGCUGGAAUUUCAUUCUUAGCGGAGGGUUGCCUGCCUACUAGUUGGGAUGGGGGAUCAAAUUGUACCUAGAGUUGUUUAUUCGUAAAAAGAGGUUUCUUUAGUCCAAAGAAUAACGACCCCGGCUGCAUGCAGCUGCUGUAAUGCCGCCGCUGCCUGCCUCGUGCGUGCAUGAAGGCCCCGGAGAGAAUACAUAUCCCACCAUAUGUCAGCAAAAAAGAAAAAAAAAAUAUUGAAAUGGCUCUUUCUUUAUAUCAA